AUGCCCCCCUUCUCCGGCCAACUCCGAAGCCACCUCAGCCCCCUCCUCCCGCCGCGGCGGCGGCAGCCACUGCAAAGCCCUCCCGGUCGCUCUGCACGAAGACAGCGCGGAGCGAGUGUUGCCUUCCCUUCGCCACCCCCGGGGCCACCACCGCCAGCGAGCCCCGAGCUCAGUGUCGCUCAAACCUCCCCUCCCGGCCCCGCUCGGCCCUCCCCCCACGCCCCGCAGACCCUUUCAAACCCCCUGGGCUCGCGGCGGCUGCUCCGUGGGGAAACGCUGGCCGCGGCUGGGGCCGGAGCGGCGCGGCUGCGAGCGGGGCGGCGGCGGGGCGCCCGGUACGGUGAGCCCAGCAACGAGGCGCGGGCGGGCGCGCAGAGACGCCGGGUCCUCGCGGAGCACGGCCGGGGCGCGGCGGCGGCGGUGGCAGCGGGAGCCCAGGGACCGCUCCAUCACUGGCAGCCAUGGAACCCGAGCAUUUUCCUCCCUCAGGGCAGGCGCCUCGGCUCGACACACGUCCUCGGGGAGGAAGGGGCCGGCGCCCGAGCCUCCCCGGAGGGCGGGGGACCCGGCUCGACCUCACCCCGCUGCUCCCGCGGCCGGGCGGGAGGGGGCCGCAGGCGACGGCGGCGGCUCCUUUCUUGGCGGCGUUGGUGGCCAGACGGGCUGGUGCAGCGACUGCAGCCGACGCCGUUCAAAGGAACGAGAGCAACAGCAUCACGAGUUUCAAUUCCCAGGAGCCCGCUGCCGCCACGACAUGAGUCAGGCUUUCUUCCUCAGCGCGUGAUGGAGCCCUCCUCCCCCUGCCGCACCUGGGCUCGCCCCCGGCCCGCGCCGCCCUCGCCCCCUCGGGGGAUGCCCCAGCGCCGAGAGCUGCGGGUUCCGCCGAAGGCCGGUGCUCUUGGUGAUAGGUGGUGCCUUUUGUGCAGCGCAGUUGUGGCUGCCAUGUGGUCCUCGCCCUUCGACGGGCAGGCCGAGGCAGCCGGGCAGAUGCUGCAGCUGUUUGCAGUUAACUGCCUAAACUCCUCCCAGAGAGGCUCUUCGCUAAAGAGGGAUCGUUGCAAUCUAUCCUUUCCAGGAGGGAAGCAGGCCAGCUCAGUAAACCAACUGACCCCAACAGGUGGAGUUCAUUCACCAGCAGCGAUGCCCUUUUCGUUUAAUUGUCCAGGCUGUAGCCCCCAUAAGAUUUGACUUAAGGCAAGGUGGCCUAGUCAUCAUAGCAACACAAGUGAAAUGAUAAAUGAAGAAUGCCUUUUAGAGCUAGAAUAGAAAAAGAGCCAUCUGAAAUACUAAUUAAAAAAAAAAAACACUGCACUUCGUGGGUCUGAGCGUAGAUCUACAGAAACAAUAUUAGGUAUGUUUGGAGGCAACUAACUGGAAGUUGCUUUCUUGGCAUUACAUAUCAAAACCUAGGUCUAAGCAUUUUUUUAGUACUAAUCAAGAAUAUACUUCUUACCUAGGAAUUAAAAAACAACAAAAUAAGCUGGAAAACUGUAGAGAGAAUUUUUUUUUUAAUUUUGGUUGUUGGGGAACUCAACGCUAAUGGUUAGACCUCCAAUUCAGGAAAUCGCAGACUUGCAGAUCUAUAUUACUAUUUCAGGAUAUUGUUAAAACAAAAAAUGAUGGUAAGUCAUUUGCACAGUUUUGAUGGACCUCUAGUUGUCAGUUGAACAUGUUACCUUUAGUUUUCUCUGAACUUUUCCCCUCAUUCUAUUCCUCAAAAGUUAAGAUUGUCACCAUUUGCUUAGAUUAUUCA